AUGCUGUCUGCAGAACGCUCUUCACGACCUUACACUACUCUCCGCUAUCCAUUCCGGGUAGCCACACCAUCUCCCCGGGCCAAUUCUAGGAAUAUGGAGUCUGAACCUGAUCAUGUCGAACACAUCUGGAUCGUCACCGGUCCUGCCGGAUGUGGCAAAACUACCGUUGCUCAACAUCUUGCCGGAACCCUGGGAUUGCCCUAUAUUGAAGGCGAUGAUUUCCAUCCGGUAAGCAACAAGCAGAAAAUGGCCUCCGGACAGCCUCUCACCGAUGCUGAUCGCUGGGAUUGGUUGAUCACGUUAAGAGAAGAAGCCAUCAAACAACUUCAAACCAGUAACUCGGUCAUUGUCACCUGCUCUGCCCUCAAACACAAGUACCGAGAUGUCAUUCGAGUGGCCAACUACGAACAUCCUUCCGUGCAGGUACAUUUCAUCUACCUCAAGGUUGAUGAGGUCACCUUACAACAACGUGUCAAGGAACGGGUGGGACAUUAUAUGAAGGAGGGCAUGGUGCAUAGCCAGAUGGUGGCUUUGGAGGAACCCGAGGAAGACCAGGAAUGGGACGUCCUUCGUGUGGACGUGAGGAAUGACAAGGAAGAGGUGCAGAGAAAUGCACUCGCCUUGGUGCGACAAAAGCUCAAAGAAUAUGAACAAGUCAACGGCGCUGCCACCGACUAG